CUGCCAAGUCCCUCGGCCCCCUCGGAGGCGCGCGGACCCCGGGCGGAAAACAGCGCUCGAGAAGGCGAGGAACGAGUGACAGCAGGACUGACCGCCGGGCCGUGCUCCCGGGCCGCUCCGGGGAGCGCCCGCGGCUCCAGGUCCUUCUCAGAGCCGCUGCCAUGGGAGAGCCAACCCUGGGUGCCGGGGACCAGCCGCCGCUGCUGCCGCGCCCGCCUCGGAGUCGCGGCCCAAGUCCCAGCGCCCGAAUCCGGGCCGCUGCGUCCUCCUCCCGGGUUGCAGGGCCGCCUCCGCCGCGCUGCCGGCCCGGGUUGUGCCUGUGAUGAGCCGCAGCCCGCCGCGAGCCCUGCCCGCGGGCGCGCCCCCCCGGUUGCUCCCGGCUGCGCCUGCCGCCGGGCCGCGCGCCUUGCUCCCGCCGUGGCCCCGGCGCCCGGGUCGCCGCUGGCCCGCGUCCCCGCUCGGAAUGAAGGUGUUCCGCAGGAAGGCGCUGGUGCUGUGCGCGGGCUACGCGCUGCUGCUGGUGCUCACCAUGCUCAACCUCCUGGACUACAAGUGGCACAAGGGGCCGUUGCAGCAGUGCAGCCCCGACGGGCCGCUCGGUGCCGCGGCGGGGGCGGCUGCGGGCGGCUGGGGGCGUCCGGGGCCUCCUCCGGCCGUGCCGCCCCGCGCACACACCCGCUCGGACCCCCGUACCCCAUACCGCUCUCCCGUCGCCCCCGUCCGGGCGGCCCCGGCAGCCGGGGCGGGGGCGGCGGGGGCCGCAGCCUCUCCGGGUAAUGGCACUCGGGGCACCGGGGAUGGCGGGGACAAGAGGCAGUUGGUGUACGUGUUCACCACGUGGCGCUCGGGCUCGUCCUUCUUCGGCGAGCUUUUCAACCAGAACCCCGAAGUGUUCUUCCUCUACGAGCCAGUGUGGCACGUGUGGCAAAAACUGUACCCAGGGGACGCCGUUUCUCUGCAAGGGGCGGCACGGGACAUGCUGAGCGCUCUCUACCGCUGCGACCUCUCGGUCUUCCAGCUGUACAGUCCCGCUGGCAGCGGGGGGCGCAACCUCACCACGCUGGGCAUUUUCGGCGCGGCCACCAACAAGGUGGUGUGCUCGUCGCCACUUUGCCCCGCCUACCGCAAGGAGGUCGUUGGACUGGUGGACGAUCGCGUGUGCAAGAAGUGCCCGCCGCAGCGCCUGGCGCGCUUCGAGGAGGAGUGCCGCAAGUACCGCACUCUGGUCAUCAAGGGCGUGCGUGUCUUCGACGUGGCCGUGUUGGCGCCACUUCUGCGCGACCCGGCCCUGGACCUCAAGGUCAUUCAUCUGGUGCGGGAUCCCCGCGCUGUGGCCAGCUCACGCAUCCGCUCGCGCCAUGGUCUCAUCCGUGAAAGCCUGCAGGUGGUGCGCAGCCGGGACCCCCGAGCGCACCGCAUGCCCUUCCUGGAGGCCGCUGGCCAUAAGCUGGGCGCCAAGAAGGAGAGCAUGGGUGGGCCUGCAGACUACCACGCCCUUGGCGCCAUGGAGGUCAUCUGCCACAGCAUGGCCAAGACGCUGCAGACGGCCCUGCAGCCCCCUGACUGGCUGCAAGGCCACUACCUGGUGGUGCGGUACGAGGACCUGGUGGGAGACCCCGUCAAGACCCUACGGAGGGUGUAUGACUUUGUGGGGCUAUUGGUGAGCCCUGAAAUGGAGCAGUUUGCCCUCAACAUGACCAGUGGCUCAGGCUCCUCCUCCAAGCCUUUCGUGGUGUCAGCACGCAACGCCACGCAGGCCGCCAACGCCUGGCGGACCGCCCUCACCUUCCAGCAGAUCAAACAGGUGGAGGAGUUUUGCUACCAGCCCAUGGCCGUGCUGGGUUACGAGCGGGUCAAUAGCCCUGAAGAGGUCAGAGACCUCAGCAAGACCCUGCUCCGGAAACCCCGGCUCUGAGAGGGGUUCCCGGGAGACCAGACUCCCUGUGGUGACACCCACAGAAGGAUUGUGGUGUGUUUCAACAAAAACAGCCCAGAUCCAAACUGAGGAAGCCCACACAUUCUGUUAUAGAUACAUAAUAUAAAUAACCACACAGGCACUUGCUGUCAGUGUUUUGAGUCAUUGAAUUUCAAGGAACAGCCACAAUACACACACAUCUCAGAAAAGGCAAGGCUUGAAAGUUCUGACCCGCUGCCCUUCCUCUUCUCUCCCCUGCCUUUUCUCCCUUUUCUUACCCUCUCCCCUACCUGCCUUCCAUUUUGAAGUGGGAUGUUGAUUAAAUCAAGAUCCAGUAACCCAAAUCUUGUUUCCAAAAUUUUCGUGGUAUCUGUGAACACGUAGAAGAGUCAUUUGGAUGUCGGGGGUGGGGUGGGAGGUGUGGGAGGGCGGAGAAAGGGGAAGUGGUCCAGGAGCAAAAGCCCCACUGGGCAUGCUAAACCAAGGAGGCAUUCUUCUAAGUAGACUUUUGUGUAAAAAGCAAAGGUUAUAUGUGAGUAUUAAUAAAGAAAAUAAUAAAUAAUAUUCUUUUUU